AUGAACAUCCUCAAGUCCUUGCUGACGCAGUCACCGAGAUUAAAUCGGGUUCUACGAAUCGGGAGAGUGUCGGGAGCCAUUCGUUUGCCCGUGGCUUCUACACGCCCAUAUUCUGUUCUCAAAGUUCUAGAGUUUCUACCUAAUCAACUUGCACCCAAAUGCAAGUCAUGUGGAGUGCAAUUGCAAAAUGAAGAUAAAGAAAAACCCGGAUUCUAUAGAAUAGAGACUGGGGAGAAGAAAAACCCAAAAAAAGACCUUGAUAGUGUCUACCAAAAGGCUCUUCGAAGUCUCUCAGAGGAGGAUCAAAAGAUGCUAAGCGGGGGCAAAUCUGUUGAACUGCAUCUGCAAAAAAAUGAGGCCGCGGACAAUUCUAAAGAUGAUACAAAAAUUGAAUGUAUUCGUUGUCGUGAAAUUAAGUUUCAUUCUAGAUUUGACAGUUCUCAGUUUCCUAUCGAGUCGCCUAUGAAAGUAUUAGAAAAAAUACCGCCAUGGGCGCAAUUGGUUUAUGUGGUGUCAGCACAAGAUUUUCCGUUGCUGUUGGAUAGUAAGGUGUUUGAACUCUGGCCUGCUCGACAAAUUCAAUUUGUAAUAACGAAAGCAGAUUUACUAUUCCCAAACAACAAAUCAGCACAGGAAAAGGGUCUCCGAUUCUUUCAAGACUACUUAGAAAGAACAUACCAUAUUCCCAGAGAGCAAGUAUUCAUUGUCUCUGGUCAUGUUAACUGGGGAAUUUCGAAUUUGUUAGGGAGCCUUAAGGAUGAUUCUUUCUUUAUUGGUUCAGUAAAUUGUGGCAAAUCUACAUUGCUCCAGUCGCUUAUAUACGUCACUCAUUUGAUUCGAAGUAAGCUCCCAAACGCUAAGAGGGAACGCGAAAUGCAAAAAGAUGAGGAUCAUCUUGGGCACACCGCAAUCGCCAGAAAACGCAUCAAGGAAUUAACAAAGUUCAAGGAGCAGAAUGGUCCUGGAGUAUCAUACAUGCCAGGAUUCACUCGAAGUGUCAUUCCGAUCGAAUUGUCCCCCACCAAAACUGCAUUUGAUGUUCCCGGAUUCGGCGCUUCUGAUUCGAACAGUUUCUAUGAGAUUUUGGGACCUGCGGCUUUGAAGAAGUUGCUCAAAGGAGUCAAAUUCCACAAGAAUGGCAUGUAUAAUUCCCAUUAUGACACGGUGAAAGCGGGCCUGACUCUUACUGUAGGAGGCCUUUUUUUCCUCACUAUUCCGCCAAAUUGCAUGUACCGAGUGAAGAAUUUGGUCAAUCAUCCUAUGCAUGUUUUCCGAAAUAUGGACAAAGCAGUUCAUAGUUGGAAGCAUCAAUCGGAGAACCCGGCUCUAAAAGAUGUGUUUCUCACCGACAGUUCGAACACUGAUCUCAUUAGGUACGAGAUUCCACCGUUUACUGGCUCGUUUGACUUAGUUAUCAAGAACUUCGGGUUUUUGAACAUCACUGCAACCGGAAAAAUGCCAGACCCUAUGCCUCCAAUAUUUAUCUAUUUGCCUCGUCAAGUCAGUGCCGUUUCUCGCGAUCCAAUUGCAAAGUUUAUCACGAAAUCUUUCACUGGAAGGGACAAGAACGGAAAUCCCCUUAAAAAAGAGAACAUAGUGAGACUAAGCACGAAAGAAAUUAAGAGAUACGUUGGCCAUCAACAGCUCAUCAGACCGUUGAUUUGGGCGCAGGAGACCGGAGACCUGUCACAGAGUCUAAAGAAAACGUAG